AUGGUUCCCAGAAACAGGGGAAGUUCAAACUAUAGGGGCAAGAAACCUUACAAGAAACCUCUGAAUUACAAUUCACGCGGGGGUUAUAAUAGUGGUGGUUCUUCUCCUCAUCAAUAUAAUAAUAAUCGUAGUCAACGCAACAACCAUCAAAGCUGGAAAUCAAAUAGUGGCAAAAAUGAUUAUAAGAGCACAUAUUCGGGCUCUAGAGACUAUCAAAGUGGCAGUACUAGUCCGUACGCAAACAAUAAUUCAGGAUCAGGUUCAUACUAUGGGAGUAACUCAUAUUUGAAUGGGAGCUCAAGUCCCUAUUCGAAUGGCAAUAGAAGUCAAGUGGAGAAUAGGUAUGGCGCAAAUGGCUUUGAUGAAGAAGAUGACGAAGAAGAAGAAGCAUAUGACCCAGCCAAAGAACCAGAAAGAAAUAGAUCAACUUUCCCCAAUCAACAAAACGCGUAUUACAAUGGAGCAUCCAAUUUAUCUGAAAUUCCACUACACGACCAUAUCGAUGCCGACGAGUUAAUAGAAGAAAAACCAGAAGUUUCUCCAUAUCGUUUCACUGAUAGUAUUAUACGAUUUUUGAACAAGAAUCUAAAAAAUUACAGCAAAGAACGACCACAAAUACCAAUCGAAGUUGAUAAACAACAGAUAGAACAAAAAAUAAAACACUUGGAUGAACAGUAUCUUGCAGUUAUUAGAGGUGUGUUAGUCAACAUCAAGGAGAUCACCUCAACAGAUGUUGAUUUGAAUGCUGUUCGAGAAUAUGGUGAUAAGCUUGUACUAAAGAAGAUAGUGACCACAGAAGAACAUCAGAAGUAUUUUCGACAAUUGGAGUUCUUGGUUAACAAAACCUUAGAUGCAUUUAAUUUACAGACAGGUAAAAAAUACGAAGGGAUUUCUAAAUGGGCUUAUGACGAAGAGAUGGACAAAAUGAAAAAACCCGAAGAGACUGUUGAUUUUGAUGCAGAUUUAUUUGAUAAGGCAGAUUUCGAAGAUUUAAACAAAGAACAACCGGUAGAUGACAACGAAGAUCUUCCAGAUUUUGAAGCUCUUGAAAAUGUUUAUGCCGAGCAGAAAAAUAAUGAAGGUGAUAUCGAUGAAGAACUUCCUGAUUUCGAAGACAUUGAAGACGAGAGUCCUUUAUUUCUUGACUCCGAACCAGGUACACAACAAAGUGAAAAUGAUAAAGCUGAAGAUCUUAAAGAUCAAGAUCCAGCAGCACCAGCAUCAGCAUCAGCAUCAGCAUCAGCAUCGUCAGUACCAGUAGCAGCAUCAGCAUCAGCAUCGUCAGUACCAGUAGCAGCAACGACAACAACAACAACACCAGCAGCACCAGCACCAACAGAAAUCAUAGAUCCGGUCGAUGAUAUUGAAGAGCUAGCAGAUUACGAAGAUGUAGAAGCCAUGAAUGCAGAAGACGAUGAUGAAAUAGUUGAAAUUGAUGAUCCUACUACCCAUCACGAUUCAACAAAAGUUCUGCCAGAUAGGCCAAAAGCUUUAAAUAAAGCUUCCACAGAAUCAAUUCAUUUAUCACCUUUAACUUCACACAGUUUACCAGUGUCAAUACCAACAGGACCAAAAUCAAAACCUACAGGACCACUGAGAACUUAUUCCCAUACAACACUUGGCCGAAAUAGCCCACCACAUAUCACUUCAUAUAGAACGUCUUCACGAUCGGAUGAUAGAUCUUCUUACGCGUCGAAACAUCUGCAGUCAUCGGGCUAUGAUUCAUUCCGUCCAUCCGGUACUAUUCCAAGAUUGAAUUCAGGCUCACCUACCCGUCAUAUAGCACCACCAUUUAAUGAGCCUACAUUUAGUCGUCGUAGUUUAAGUAACGAUAGAGGUAGAAUUGUUUCGGAACGUGAAAGAGAGAUAAUCGAAGAGAAGGCAAGAAAAAGACGGAAGCAAGAUAUCGAAUUAUUAGCAGGUCCAACUACAAGAACUAUUAAUGGAUCAGAAAAGGAUAAAUUUGUCGUUCCUUUAAAAGUUAAAUUAAAUUCAUUUAUGCUGAGAAUUGAAAGUCAAAAUCCAUUUCAAGAAAUUAAAAUGUAUCAUGAAGAAUCAGGAUUUAUUGAACCAACUUCAGUUUCAAGAAAAACAAUGCCAAUGAAAGAAAAAUACAGAAAUAGAAUUCGUGAGUUGUGUAAAUAA